AUGUCCUCCCCUCGCCCACCCCACAUCGCCAUCAUAGGCGCCGGCAUAACAGGCCUAACCCUAGCAGCAGGCCUCGAGGCCCGCGGGAUCCCCUUCACCGUCUACGAGCGCGCCACCCGCGGCUCCAACGGCUCAGGCGGCGCGGGCAUCGGGCUGAGCCCCAACGCGGAGCGGGCGAUGGCGCGGCUGUCGCCCGGGGUGCUCGCCGCGUAUGAGAGGGUGGCGAACCCCAACGGGGAGGACUACUUCCAGUGGGUGGACGGGCUGAGCAGGGAGCUCGUGUUCAGGCUUUUCGUGGGCGAGGGGUGCUUCCGCGGGUGUCGGAGGGGGGACCUCGUGGACGGGCUGAUGGGGUGUGUUCCUGAGGGGAGGGUGAGGUUUGGGAUGGCGCUGCGGGGUGUGGUUGAAGGGGAGGGCGGCGAGGGGGUGAGGCUCUUGUUUGAGGACGGGACGGAGGAGGUUGCUGAUGCAGUCAUCGGCUGCGACGGCAUCCGCUCGCGGGUGCGAGAGCUCCUCUUCGGCCCCUCCUCAGCAGCAACAUACAGCCAAAAAUACUCCUUCCGCGCCCUGAUCCCCAUGCCCCAGGCCCGCGCCUCCCUGCCGGAGCACAUGAUCUCGACCAGGUACAUGUACAACGGUCCCGGCGCCCACGUCAUCACCUACCCGGUGGCCAACAACACGAUGCUCAACACGCUCGCCGUGGUCUCGGACCCGGAGCCCUGGGAGCCACCGCCACAGGGCAGCAAGAGGAACCCGCACGUCGGGAGCGCCACGUUGGAAGAAGCUGCGGCUGCGUUCGAGGGGUGGCACCCGGAUAUACAGGCCAUCGUGGGACUGCUGCCGGCCGAGAUGGACAAGUGGGCCAUCUUCGACAUGCUGGAGCAUCCCGUGGCGAUAUACUGGGGCCGCGGGGCACAUGGAAUCGAGGCCGCCGUGGGUGGUGGGAACAUCGUUUGCCUCGCGGGCGACGCCGCUCACGCGUGCGGGCCGCAUCUCGGCGCCGGGGCCGGGUUCGGCAUCGAGGACGCGCUGGUGCUGGCGGAGCUGAUCCAGGCCGUGCGGGAUGAGGACGGGGUGGUGGCAGCCGCGGGAGAAGAAGGCGGCGGGGGCGGGAAGACGGUCUGGGCGAGGCUGGCUGCGGCGUUUGAGGUGUACAGCGAUGUGCGGUACGAGCGCACGCAGUGGCUGGUCAAGCACACAAGGGACGCGGUCGACCUGUUCCAGUGGCGGGACCGGGACUUGGCGAGGAGCCCCGACGAUUUUGGCAGGGAGAUCACAUGGCGGUUUCACGAGAUCUGGCACCAUGACACCGACAAGAUGGUGGAAGAGGCCAGACAGAAGCUGAAGGCACGGUGA